AUGACAACAAACAGAGAGAUUAAAAAAAACAAAUCACCUUUUCUAUUUGGACCAUGUAAGUCAACGCAAUGGAGGAGGCUUUGCUGACACCGGAGGAUGGGAAGAGGCAGAAGCGGGUGAGAUUCCGGGUGGCCUCAGGAAACAGCGGGCGGGUUUUGAAGGAGAUCUUUAAGGAUGAAGGCCCGACUGACUCUCUGGAUUCAGACUGCACCAGCAGCUCUGAGGCUGACCGGGCCAGCACUCCAUCCACCAGCGGGGAGCUCAACGGACACCUGUGCGGACUCCUGGGCUCGGAGCUGGAUGACAGUGGGAGUGAACCUGAUGAUUUACUCAUGUUUGCUGGAGGAAGAGACAAAGUGUUGAGCACCAAACGAGUCAAUAUCCUCAGUAAAAAUGGGACGGUUCGAGGAGUCAAACACAAAGUCAGCGCAGGCCAAAUACUCUUUGAUAACUUGGCUAAAAUUGUCUCUCAGCCAGAAUUGACUCUAGAGUUCGGCCGAAUCGUCAUCUACACCACCAGUUUUCGAGUGGUCAGGACUACAUUCGAGCGGUGCGAGUUAGUGCGCAAGAUCUUCCAGAACCACAGGGUGAAGUUCAUGGAGAAGAACAUUGCUUUGGACAGUGAAUAUGGGAAGGAGCUGGAGACUCGCUGCAAACGAGUGGGUGAACCUCCCUCGCUGCCUGUGGUCUUCAUUGAUGGACACUACCUAGGGGGUGCAGAGAAAAUACUCGCUAUGAAUGAAUUAGGGGAGCUUCAGGAUCUCCUCACCAAAAUUGAGAGGGUUCAGCACCUCGACACAUGCCAGACGUGUGGAGGCUUCGCCUUCGUCCCGUGUCCAAUGUGCCAUGGCAGCAAAAUGUCUGUGUUUCGCAACUGCUUCACCGACUCCUUCAAAGCGCUGAAGUGCACAGCAUGCAACGAGAACGGACUCCAGCCCUGCUCCAGCUGUUCUCACUAAGGUCCUCUUCAAGUGCCUGCAAACUCCUUGUCAGCACCCCAUAA